AUGGGCGGCAAAAAGGGCGGCGGCGAGAACUCAAAGAAGGCCGCUGGAAACGCUCGCAAAGCUGAAGCUGCAGCCAACAAAAAGGCCAUCGAGGACCAAAAGCGUGCCGCUGAAGAGGACAAGCAAUGGGCCAAGGGCGCGAAGAGUUCAUCCAAGAAAGAAGAGGCCGAAGCCAAGAAGGCCGAGGCCGCUCGUAAGAAAGCCGAACGCGAUGCGCUCCUUGCCGCAGAAGAAGCCUCGCAGCCCUCCAAACCCAAGAAUAACAAAUCAGCCGCUAAGAAGAACGCUCCCUCUCGGGGAACACUCAACCUUGACCAGCUCGACGAUGCUCCCUCUUCGAGAGCUAGCGCAUUGAACGCAUCGGGUAUCGACAACGCCCUCGAUGCUCUCUCCCUCACGAGCAAGGACACUAGCAAGGUCGACCGCCACCCCGAAAGACGAUACAAGGCAGCCUAUGCGGCGUUUGAGGCGCGACGGCUGCCGGAGAUCGAGGCUGAGAAUCCUGGUUUGCGACGACAGCAGCGGAUUGAGCUUGUCAAGAAGGAGUUUGAUAAGAGCCCGGAGAACCCGUUCAACCAGGUGCAUGUUGCGUUUGAUGCGUCGAAGGAGGAGAUUGCGGCUGUGAGGGAGGCAGAGAGGAAGAAGACUGAGGCGAGACUCACGAGGUAGAUGAUUUGUUUA